AUGUUGGGUUGCCAAGCAACCAUAACCGUAAUCGUAGCGAUACUUUCACGUGGAAAAACGGACUCGGCCAGCUCGCGGCAUGUGGCCAGCGGCGGUGGCAUGCAACAGCAGCGCAAGACACCAGCGCCGGCAACACUCGAGGAUUUCAUCAUCAAGCGUGAUUACACAGGAGCAAGAGCCUUCCUGGAGUACGCAAAUGAUGAGCCGGAGGAUGAGGAGGGAAAGGCGCAGGAUAAUGAACAGCAGCAGCGACAAAUCGAUCAAUGGAUUGCCUACUGCAAUUUCCACUUGGGCGACUAUCAACAGGCUUUAAAUCAAUACCAGGACAUCAAACAGCGCCAGGAGGCAGUGGAACCAAACUUAAUACUCAAUGUGGCCGUUUGCAUGUUCUACUUGGGCCUCUAUGAGGACGCAAAACAGCUCAUCGAGAGCAUGGCGAAUACUCCGUUAAAGCAGCGACUGCUUUUUCAUCUCGCCCACAAACUGGGCGAUGAUCAAGAAUGGGCACAAUUGCUGGAGGAACUGCUGAAUGCACCCAGCGUGGAGCAGCAAUUGAGUUUGGCGUCAAUGCAUUAUAUGCGUGCCCAUUAUCAGGAGGCCAUUGAUGUCUAUAAGCGUGUCCUGGUCGACAACAAGGAUUUUAUGGCCAUCAAUGUAUAUCUGGCACUGUGCUUCUAUAAGCUAGACUACUAUGACAUGUCCCAGGAGGUGCUCGAGGUGUAUCUCGGACAACAUGGCGACAGCACCAUUGCCAUCAAUCUAAAGGCCUGCAAUCGCUUUCGACUUUUCAGCGGUCGCGUUGCCGAGCAGGAGAUUAAAAACAUUUCCGACAACGAUACAUUUGGAGCGGAUUUGAUUCGUCACAAUCUGGUGGUAUUUCGCAAUGGUGAAGGGGCUCUGAGGGUGUUGCCAAGCCUGCUCAAUAUAGUGCCCGAGGCGCGCUUAAAUCUGGCCAUAUACUAUCUGAAGCAGGGCGAUAUUCAGGAGGCACAUGCUCUGAUGAAGGAGCUGCAACCCACUUCCCCUCAUGAAUACAUUCUCAAGGGUGUGGUGCAUGCUGCACUGGGACAACAACUCGGAUCGAAGGAACACAUAAAGACGGCACAGCAGAAUCUUCAUCUGGUGGGCAGCUCAGCCACCGAAUGCGAUACAAUACCAGGACGUCAGAGUAUGGCUUCGGCAUUCUUUCUGUACGAACAGUUCGAGGAGGUGCUCGUCUAUAUGAACUCCAUUCGCAGUUACUUUGUGAAUGAUGAUGUUUUCAACUAUAAUUUUGGCCAGGCCAAGUGUGCCACAGGAUACUACAAGGAGGCCGAGGAGCUGUUGAUGCAGAUUGGCGAUGUUGAUAUUAAAAAUCAGCAUACUUACUGCAUGAUACUGGCCAAGUGUCACAUACACUGUGGCCAUCCGGAGUUGGCCUGGAAUGUCUUCAUCACCAGGGACACAAAUGCCGAGGCUUUUCUUCUGCUUCAGCUAAUUGCCAACGAGUGUUACAAGUGUGAGGAGUUCUGGGUGGCUGCCAAGGCAUUCGAUAUGCUCGAGAAACUCGACCCCAGUCCAGAGAACUGGGAGGGAAAACGGGGCGCCUGUGCGGGAGUAUUAUAUGCCUUGGCUACGAAGGCGCAUCGUGGACGUCCGGGAGGUGGAAUUUCCGAGGUAAUUGGACUGUUGCGUGAAUCCUCAAACUCUCAGGCAGAGUCCAUGAUUAAGACCAUUCGAAAGCACAUAAGUAGUUUUAAGUGAAAUCAUACGGAAAUCAAAGUAUCU